GCGGCGGUCUGAGCGCAUCGUGAGCCGCAUGAACGCUUCCCAGCGACGCGCAUGAAGCCGGACUGAAAGCAGCUCGACCGUUUUCUCCACGCUUCUCGGUGUAUUUUCUCUAUCUGUGAUAAACGUAUGUCUUGUUCGGAGCAAAUUGGACUUUUUUUACUUUCUUUUUUCUAAAGCGCACUAACUGCCUUCAACUUGAUUUGAAACAAGGUUUAAAAUGAACGAAGGACCCGAUAACAACUCGACUCAACUGUAUGACAACUGGACGUUUUACAACUCCUCCGUGGAGUACGUCAUACCCAGGAACAACAUCACAUAUGUUGGAUUUUACCUGCACCAGCCGUCCACAGCGGCCAUCUUCAUCGUGUCCUACCUGCUCAUCUUCCUCGUGUGCAUGGUGGGGAAUGCAGUGGUUUGCUUCAUCGUGCUGCGGAGCAAAAACAUGCGAACUGUUACCAACUUGUUCAUCCUAAACCUUGCUGUGAGUGACCUCCUGGUCGGGAUUUUCUGCAUGCCCACAACACUGCUGGAUAACAUAAUUACAGGAUGGCCUUUUGGAAGCCUGGUUUGCAAAAUGAGUGGCAUGGUUCAAGGGAUCUCAGUGUCAGCAUCCGUCUUCACUCUGGUCGCUAUUGCUGUCGACAGAUUCAGAUGCAUCGUCUACCCAUUCAAGCAGAAGCUGACCAUAUCCACCGCCACCUUGAUAAUUGUCAUUAUCUGGGUUCUGGCCAUAUCCAUCAUGUGUCCCUCUGGGGUGAUGCUUCAAGUGACCAAGGAGCAAACCAUCCGCGUGCUACUGGGCUAUGACAACAAAACAACUCCUUUUUACUGGUGCCGGGAGAACUGGCCGAACCAAGACAUGAGGAAGAUUUACACCACUGUCCUGUUUGCAAAUAUCUACCUUGCCCCUCUCUCCCUGAUUGUGAUCAUGUACGCCCGGAUCGGCAUUACACUUUUCAAAACAGCGGUUCCGACGGGAGGAAAGCCGGGCCAUGACAACCGCCACACUGUGUCCAAGAAAAAGCAAAGGGUGAUUAAAAUGCUUCUAAUAGUUGCUCUGCUCUUCAUCCUUUCCUGGCUGCCUCUGUGGACUCUCAUGAUGCUGAGCGACUAUGCCAGUCUGACUGAGCAGCAGUACAGAAUCAUCAACAUUUACAUCUACCCCUUUGCCCACUGGCUAGCCUUCUUCAACAGCAGCGUCAACCCCAUCAUCUACGGUUUCUUCAACGAGAACUUCCGCAGAGGGUUUCAGGCGGUGUUCAAGUUCAGCCUGUGCGCGGCGGACGGACAGCGGAGGAAAACCUAUUCACACAGGCUGCAGGGAAACUCUGUGCUCCCAGCUAACAAUGUACAAACCUCCCUGGAACCUAUUUCUCUCAACAGCCUGGAUAAGAACAUACCCAGGCGAACCAAUCACAUCACGGAACAGGACUUUGUCAUGGAGGAUCUGGAAAAGGGAUCCUGCAGCAGUGGCGGUGUGACUGCAGUGUCUAUUUGAAGACACACACAAACAUUUUUCAAGGUGAUAAGGAGAGAUUCACAAACCCAAGUCCUCACUGUGCCUAAGUAACCUGCAAGGCUCAUUAGAAAAGCUUUUAAAAGCUGAUGUUUAUAUGUAAUUUAUCUAUGGCGAUUUCAGUGAAAACAAAUGAAACUGAAGAAAAGAGAUGUAAAGCAGUAAUUUAUCCUUUUCAUUUAGCGAGCCACUCCACAGUGAUAACUCUGGAAAUAAACACGUCUCUAGAGGAAAUGCUCCCUUUAGAUGUUAAUCUUUACUCAUCACCUUUAAGGUGCACAAUGUAUGUUGCACAUACUGUGUUAAAAAUUAAAGCAGGUUGUGCUGUUGGGAUUGUAGCUAUCAACAAAGGGAGAACAAGACAGAAAGCUCUUGUUGUUCAGUGCAAAUUCAACUGAAACCAGUUGAUACUGCAUUGAUAACAGGCUGUCUUGCUCCAUGACAUACCUUAAAAUAAUCGUAUGUAUAAAGAUGCAUCAGACGUGUACAUUAUGUACCAUGAUACAUGCAGAGCAGAUUUCAAAAGUCACUUUUCCAAACAGAAUUUCUAAUUUGAUGCCCUUUAUCUAUAAAGCACAUUUAAAAAAUAAAAGUGUACACAAGGCUUCAAGGUCAAACAGCUCAAACUUGAAAAACAAGGUUUUAGAACAAAAGCAGGAACUGAAGCAUUUAAAUAUCUGUAAUAAUGGUCUUUCACACCAACAACCAUCUGUACAAAUAAGAGCAGAGCUUAAACCACAAGAAGCUUUUAACCUGUUAUAUUAACGUCACUCAUGUCAGAGAAUGAGCUGACCUUCCUGACUGACAACGAGUUUCAAUAAGGAAACAGCAUUUUGAAACCUUACUUUGAAGAUUUGUUAAUGAAACAACAACAGACUUAGUUGGAUUAGUAAGGAAAUUAAAUCAAAUGUUAUGUAAAGGCUAAUAGAAACAGUCGGUCUGUCCAAUAGCUAAUAAUAAUGCCCGACAGUUAAUGAGGUACUGAUUUGUUAACAUUAAAAUGCUACAGCCUUCAAUUAUACAGUUGUUACUGCUAAUAGAGCAGCUGUGGAGACACUACAGACAUGUAUAACCAGCAGCAAACCAAACAAUAUGUCCACAUAAACGUAAAGGACCCAUUCUUCAGGCCACACACAUUAACACUGUUCAGUUAGUUGUUGCUUUUCCACUGGGCUUACAGUUAUGAUUGUAUGUGAACCAUCAACUUACAAAUCAGACUUUUCAUGCAGCUUUUUUCACCUGAAAUCUGCUCUGCAAACAUGUACAUAAAAGCGUAAUGAUGCUCGACGAAACAUUAUUUAUUCAUGAAUAUUUCAUGAGACUGCUAAGAAUGUGCCAUGUAAAUCUGAGAUUAAAAGCUCUGCUGUUAUUUUUUUAUCUCUA